AUGGAACGCCCAGUGCCCUUGCUGGUGGAAGACAUCCUUGAAGCAGGAAGGAUGCCCGCACCAGUGACGCAGCCGGAUCACCCGACGCAGUUCGCAUGCAAUGAGGUGGGGAAGCCACGGCAGGCUUGGCCCACGUUCGUGUCAUACGAGGGGGCAGCGGCCUUCAAGAUGCACGGUGAAGACCCGGGGCCAGGGCUAGUAUACGACUGUACGGCGGGAGAGUGGCAAGAACCGACAGCGCUGGAGCGGGAGUUGGCUAUGGGGUUUAUGGAAGAUGCGACCGCACAUCCAGAGACACAGAUCUGGCUGCCAGCAGCACGGGAAGAGGCCGCCGUGGACAAGAAGCGGGAGGACUUGGACUGGGUGGAGGAGGCCAUCGAGAGGCAGCGGCGAAGGGAGAGUUACGAGCGAGAGUUCGGGUCAAGAGAAUUCGCGCUGAUGGCGGCAACGAAGGAGGAAGGGGUGGAGACGAAAACUCAGGGAGGGCACGUAGAGGAGAAGGCAUAG